AUCAGUUUUUCAGUUGAUCAAUUACUUGAGCAUCAGCCUCUACCUAAACAUGAAAACACAAAUUAAUCUGGUGUUUCGGAGGAGAAAGGCAUUUCGGAAUCAGUCUGCGUGCAGAACCCUUCCCUACAGACCCUGCAGACGCAGUUUCAACGCCUUUCGCCCCUGCUCAGCAAGUCUCAAACUUGACCUUCGAGAGGAUUUCAAGGGUAGCGCCUUCCUCCCUUUCCCCGGUAAGGCCUCCUUCUGGGAAGCAGCUGCCUGGUACCAGGGCUCAGAGAACUGCACAUCCAGGCGCUCGGACAAGGUGGGGGAACCAGAAGAGGAGCGGGUGGGAGGUGGGGAGGGGACCGAGUCGUGGGCGGCGGGGGAGAAAGGGGCGCCCUACCCACCAGAAUGGCCAGAGAGCACCUUAGACAAACCAGCCUUCGCCUGGGACCCAGGCCCUACAGUAGACUCAAGUUGGGGAUACACGUCUGCGUGGUCCAAGAACUCCCCAAGUAUCUCCCAGUCGCUGGCUCUCCCGAGAAGCUGGAACGCGCCCGCCCGCGAGGCACCGGGUCGGGCCCUCCCAGCCCUGCGAUCGGAAAGGCAACUUGACCCUCCCCGGCUCUCCCUAGAGAGCUUUGGAGAGCGGCUCUGGACAGGGAGCGACGCGAAGCUGUCCAAACUUCCAGGAAGUGGAGGGCCGGUCCCCGCGCUUCCUGCGGGCGAUGGUCCGGAGUCUUUGAUCCCGUUGGUCACACGGGCCCGAGUUCUCCGCGGCGAGUUGUACUCAAAGCCAAACGCCUGGAGCCCCAACCCUGAGAGCCCUAGCAAGGGCGUGGAGGGCGGAGAGCUCUGGACCCAGAGUGGCGGGGGGCUUGGGGCUGGGGGCGCCCAGGGGGUGGUCCCUGCACGUACAAGUGGACCCCAGCUUUCUGCAGGCCUCCAGAGUGGGAAUGAAUCACCUCGCAGUAACACCCUCCCGAACCCAGUCUUCUGGAAGAAACUUCAGGUCCAAACAACAUCGCCUCUUCCCAACCGCUGA